AUGAUUGACAAUAAUACAGAUGAAAAAAGUGCAUCUUUAAAGAGAAACCGUGAUGAAACUAGCAUCGAAAGUAAUGAACUUGGAAAUACCAGAAAUGAAGCAGUGCAUAAAAAAACUAAAGUCGAAAAUUCUAAUGGCAAUGAACAACAAUUAGGUAAGAAAGCCUCAAUUAAUUCAGAAGAACAGAAAAGCGCUUCUGAUAAUUCUAAGAAAUCUACUGAAGAGCAUUCAGAAGAUACUAUCACUAAAGAGGAAAAGAAAGAAGAUGAUACUGAAAAAGAAAUCACUAAAAAAGAUGAUAAAGCUGGAGAUAAAAAUGAAAAAGAAGAUAUCCAAAAAAAUAAUAAAGUAGAUGCAGACAAUAAAGAUUCUGAAACAAAGCAAAAAUACGUUUUUGGUUCUACCUCAAAAUUUGGUGCUGGGUUUAACUUAUCAAAUACUGCUUCAAGUAUAGGAUCUGAAGAUACUAGUACUGAGCUUGCCCAAAAAUCAUUUAGCUUUGGUUCAGGAUUCGCAUUUGGUGGAGGUUUUGACGUAUUAAAGGAACCAAAAGACAAUAUAUCUAGCAAGACAGAAAAAUCAAGUACAUUAGAUGAAGAAAAGAAAUCAGAAGUUUCAAAUUCAAAGGCAGAUAAUACGGAUGAAACCGUAUCAGGAUCUCAAGAUAACUCGAUUGUUUCGCUAAAAAAACAAGAAGUUAAAUCGGGAGAAGAAGAGGAAGAAGUGAUAUAUCAAGCUAAUGCCAAGCUUUACCAAUUACAAGAUGUCAAAGAAGGAUGGAAAGAAAGGGGUGUGGGCCAUAUAAGAAUUAAUAAAAACAGAACUAGUGGAAAAUACCGUAUUAUAAUGAGAUCGCGUGCGUUGCUAAAAGUAUUGCUAAACAUUAGUUUGAUUAAAGGAUUGUCCGUAUCGAAGGGAUUUCCUGGUUCUUUGCAAGGAGAAAAAUUCAUUAGAAUAAUUACAUUUACAGACAAUAAGACUCCAAUGCAAUAUGCUUUGAAGACAGGAAAAAAAGAAAUUGCUGAAGAAUUGUAUGACAAAAUUCAAGAAUCUAAAGAAAAAUUAUAA